UUACAAGGACUGAAAAACCUACUUUUUGGCAAAGAGAGACCUUUCCUAGCGACCGUUGGAAUCGAUUUGGGGACAACUCACAGUGGAUUCGCAUUUUCUUAUAACAAUAAUGAAUGUGAAGACACAAUUUUCUUAAACCCAGAAUGGAAGAGUGACCUGGGUUAUCAAACAAGCAAGACGCCUUCAUGCCUUCUGCUAAAACCUGAUCUGACAUUUGACUCGUUUGGGUAUAAAGCCGCAGAAAGAUACGCAUACGUGAAAGAUGUGUUCAAUACAUGGAAACAAUUCCUAUUCUUUGAACAUUUGAAGAUCAGUCUGGGCGAGGGCGAGGUACGUUCCCUUCCUUAAUGCUCAAAAAGCGUUUGUAAAAGGACAUGACACCCGUAAGUAGUAACAAGUCGUGUGUUAGAUGAAGUUUGGAAUGAAGAAUGGAAUUUUCAAAUCUUGAAGGAUGUACUGUAAUGCAAAGCGAUUGAAAAAAGAUGACAAAAAUUUACUUAACAACGUCCAUAGUUAAACAUUUAUGUCCUGUUUUGAGUUAGCCCACAUACCGUAUUCAUUCGAUUAAACACCGCGGCGUUUAUUACUUUUCAAGCGUUUUCGCUGCGGCGUUUACUCAAGGGUGACGUUUUAUUCGGGAUUUUGCUGAGUAAGACGCUUCGUAGUAUAGAGAGUGACGCUUUUUCUAAGGGAGGCGUUCAAUCGAGUAAAUACGGUAUCCAGAAUUUCGUCAAAUUAAAUACUAUCUAUGGCCGUCUUUAAAUUCAAGUAAGUAACUUGAUUUAUCGCCGAUGACGUGGGGAGUGGUCGCCCAGUCUCCCGGGCCAGGGGCUCAUGUAUAAAACGCUCGACCGAAGGAAUAAUAGGCUCGAUUACCAGCCGCUGUUAAGAUGGUCUCUUUAUAUGUAAUAGGGCAUUCUUUUUUGUACUUGACAUGUUAUUUUUCGUGUAUUUGAUUAGAUUUUAAACCCUGGCGGGACAAGCCUCGAAGCGUGCAAUGGGAAAGCUGUAAAAGCAACAACAGUGUUUGCACAUUGCAUCCGAUUUCUUAGGGACGAAGCUGUCAAUGUCAUUCGACAGAAGUCUGGAAAUGAGAAUUACAACGUGGAAGAUAUACUAUGGGUGUUAACUGUUUCUGUAGCAUGGAAUCCAGCAGCAAAACAGCUUAUGCGCGAAGCAGCUUAUGAGGUGUGUAUCUCCUGAGAAAGAGUGAAGAAGAUGGGCCAUUUGUACGAGGAAAAAUAAGACGCGUCUUACGUACAUAAGACGCGUCUUAAAUAAGACGCGAACUGGACCAUUUAUACGAGCAUGUCUUAUCUAAGACGAAAACAGCUCGUAUAAAUGGUUCGCGUCUUAUUUCUGUUCUUAACUCGUUUUCAUGUGAAUGACCUGAACUUACUUUUUAAGUGUAAGUUUAUGACACGAAGAUAGCAAUUUGAUUAGUACAUAUAAAUUGUGAUAGUUUAAAGUAAAAAGUGUCUACUCACACCAGCAGAUGUCACGCAUUUGUCCAGGAGGUCUGCUAUCGCCUUCUCCUUACAUAAUAACAAGAAAUCCUUUUCCUCCGCGAUGGACCAAGUGUUUCUUUUAGCCUUUAACGACGAGCUCUUUCUAAUUGAGCGAAGAAAAAAAUAAAGCAAAAUAGACAAGAAAACGAAAACGCCCUGUACAGUAUGUGGUCCUUGGUCCGCGUGUAAAAGUCAUUAACUUGAAUAUCUUACCCGAAUCUUCAUGUAACGAGCUGAAAUACUCCCUGAAGAUAGCUUUUAUGUUCCUGUCGAUAAUCCUGAAGUUUCAAGUUCCAGACAUAAAUAUUUUGCUUGGAAUUCGCAAAAAGGCGACCGUUUUCGAUGGUCCUUGGUCCGCGAAUCUGGUCCUUGGCCCGCGUCUCAGGUAAGCAGCACGAUAAAAACGUAAAAAUGUUAUAGUUUCCACACGAAAACGUGGUUUUCACAGUAUUUCUUGUACUUUUUUCUUUUCUUGAUGCAAUUAAGCUAAAGUUUUUUUCGGAAGAUGCUGUGAGCAUAAAAUAAUCUCCUUUUCUUUCAAAGACUUCAGACAACAGUCUCCUCGAGUCUCCCACAGGAGCGUCGACGAGCGGUUUUCAGCGCGGUCGAAAAUAAUUACCAAAAACUCUGUAUGUACUCGAGGUAUUUAAAAAGAGAACUUGUAGACCUGUAUAGGGACGACUUUCAAAACAUUCUUCAAAAACAAAGGUCGUCGCUUUUUACUUUGGAAAGUUUUAUUCAACCAAGGUCAUAGGACGCGGACCAAGGACCGCUAAGCGGAAUUUGGAGAUAAAGCAAAAAAUUCAGCGUCUACAGCAAUAUGCUUCCAACAGCAGAAAUAAGUUGAUCUGAAAACCUGUUCUGCAAAAAGGCAAGUCUUCCCGUUGCGUUUUAGUUAUUCGCAGGCUAAGUAAACUUGACCACAUAAUUUACGGUGCCGCAAAAAUCCAAACUUCAAGAAAGACAAAUUAACCUACCUGCCGACAAACUUUAAUUUCACGUCUUCACCCACAGCCAGAAGGCUGAAAUUUCGUCAUAUGAAAGAAUGCUAAUCAGUAAAUCAAGAUAUCUUUCAUUAUUCAAAGUAUUUUUUUUCUUGACGAAAUAUUUUAUCAUUUUCGGAAAAGACGCUUGUAAACAACUUUUCCCCGCCAGUAGCCUGCCAGUCCGCCUCGGGGCAAGCGAUAAUUUUCCCGCCAAAAAUUAACGCAUGCGUACUAUGCGUUCGCGUCUUAUAGAUCAUUUAUAGGAAGUUUUUCUCGUCUUAGCUAAGACGCGUCUUAUCUAAGAACAGGUGCUAAGGGCUGUUCUAAAAUAAGACGCGUCUUAGUUAAGUCGCGUCUUAUUUUAGACGAAAUGUGCCGUUUAUACGGAAAGUUCGCGUCUUACAGUUCGCGUCUUAUGUAAGAAGCGUCUUAUUUUUCCUCGUAUAAAUGGCACUUCCUACGAUCAAGUUAUAACUCCCUAACAGACCGAAUAGGUUAUGGCCAUUUCCUGGACAUCUCGAUUUUAUCAGAAGAUCAUGAAUAUUAAAAAUGCAACUGAAUCUCAUAAUUCAUCAUCAUCGUCAUUUUAAUCGAGUCUCCUAGGGCAAUGUCGCGCCACACACACUACUGUUCAACAUGCAGGCUUUUAAUAGAAAGCUUUAGAUUCUAAGACGAGAACGAGAUUUUCCCAAUACUAAGUAGUGCCCACCCGCGAGCCAACGUCAUUUUGGCGGGAAAAUGUGAUAGCCAUCGUCGUUCUACUACGAGUUUUAGCGAGAAUGUCGUAGUGACGAAAACAAAUUAUCAACUGUUAGGAAUUUUAUCAUUUAACGAUCGGGAGAGGGACAAGACAGAAAUAAGCGCAGUAACUUAUUAAAAUUAACUGUAGUCCUCGUGUUUGUUCUCGUCCUCGAAUCUAAAGCUCUCUAAUUCUUCAUGGAGGCAAGAUCAGUGUCCCUUUUAGUUGACAUUUGUCACCCCACCCUCAUGAAGCCCCGCCUUGUUUUGGCUUCCUUUCCCCACCUUUAUCCAUUUGUUGCUUCAAUUUUAAGUCUGAUAUAUACUGCCCCACUUUUUUUCUAAUAGGCCGGUCUCGGAUCACGUGACAACCCUGGUCAGGUUAUUAUUGCCUUCGAUGCUGAAGCCGCUGCCCUUUUCUGUUCAGAGACAAUGCAUUGCGAGACUCAGACCGACAAUCUCGCACUGGGAGAAUCAAGAGAGAAUGAUUGCUCUCCCUCGGAAGAACCAAAUGCGCUGAGCGUAAUUGUCGAUUUGGGAGGUAAUAUUUUUUAUGUUUUUCUUAACUUGUUACGUCCUUGUAGGUCCUUGAAACCAAACACAGGCUCCACAUUUUGCCAAUUAAAAAGGCAUGGGAGACAAUCCAGGCCGGUGUAGUUUUAUACUGGUGCUUUCUCAAGGAUACACCCUUCAUUUUGUAAAUGUAUGAUGUGAAGGGGGUAUUCGAUUUUUUCUUUGGACAUCAGCAGCAUCAGGACCUCUUCUUCUGGAUAGGAGCUACCUUUAUUAUAUUUAGCUGGAGGUUUUUCUACGUCGAGAUAUAAAAGAAGGAGGGAUCCUUUCCAAAGAAGUACAAAAUACUUAACUAGAUUUCUAGAAAACUACUGCGGCGGGCCUGCAUAGUUGAAAAAUAAAUGUCACUUUCUGGUAGAUACCUUAAGUGUUUUGAUACAUUUUCAACCUAGUUCCCAGGGUCCUCUCUCGCUUCAGGGGCCAAGUAGGAGAGGACCCUUGGGAACGAGGUUGAUAAAUUUUUUCGUUGCGCGAUUGGGAAUAAUUCAGAAAUUCUUUCAUAGGAAGCUGUCUCAAAGUAACUGUGUUUGAGAAGAGCAGUGAUGGAGUUUUGCAUAUGUCCUACAACGAAACUGUCAGGCCUGAUGACGAGGUAAUGGUAGAUUGUCAAUUCAGGACUCUUUUAGACGAGCGGUUCGACACCCAAAAGAUGUGCGAUUAUCGAAAAUUAUUCCCCGCUGAUUGGUUAAAAAUGAUGCAGGGCUUUGAGGCAAAGAAAUGUGCCUUCCUUAAAAAUGAAACCAAGAUUCGCCUGACUGGUAGCUUCGUAUCCUGGCUGAACGAUUACCGCUCUCCAUCCAUGAAGUGCUUCGCUGAGGGAGUAGUUAAAAUAGUGGAUGACAAGUAUCUCAGCGUCAGUUCUCAUGCUAUGCGAAACCUUUUUCAGCCAUUGUUAGAAGCCAUAAAAGAUUGUUUACGGGAUACCGUGUUGAAAAAGCCGCACAGUACCACAGUGUUUCUUAUUGGAGGUCUUUCAGAAUCUCCUUUACUUCAAAAAGAAAUAAAAAAUGUUUUUAGUGGAAGGUUCUCAGAUGUCAUUACAAGGGGAGCCAGUAUCGCAGUCGUCCACGGUGCAGUGAUUCUGGGGAAGAGAGCAGUUGCAGAAAGCAGACGGGUCGUCAGUAGAACGUAUGGCACCGACUGUUCACUAAGGUUUGUAAUGACCGUUUUUGAUUGCACAGUCUUGGUUAUAGCCUCGAAAGUAUAGCUCCAAUUUGCCCCCGUUACUAUAGCUUGCAAGCCUGGGGAUAAUCCCUUAUUUGGCCUGUACGGGUAUUUGCCGCUGAACAGUGUAUGGCUCUCAGGGUAUCAGGGUCUAACAUUUCACUUUUUAGUGUCUUGAAAAGGAUGUCUUUUUGGUAUGGAAACCUUUUAAAAAGUGUGAAAGUUGCCGAUGAGCGAUCUACAUGUGCCACACCAACAGUUUUUCUUUUUCCAAAAAAAUCUAAUCGCAACAUACUCUGUAUGCGAAACGAAUCAGGGUCAAGAAAUCAGGUCUCCUGCCUUUUCUUAGUGUAGCGAAAUGAAAGAUUUUUGUGUCAACAGGGUCAGGGUUUGAUGGCCUUGAGGGAACAUUUCAACUCAAGUUCCCCUACCCCUGGGCGUGAAAAUUAGUAUUCAGAAAUUAUCAGAUAUCUCUGACAGUCAUUACAAAGUGUCCUUAGGAAUAAGAGGUCACCAAAAACAGCCAGUGGUAUGCUAGUAAUAUAUGGGAUUGAAAUUAGUCUUUAUUCAGAUCAGAGCAACUUUCCAUGGCCAAGAACAUUACUGAAGUCGUAUUCUGUUGGUUUUCGUCACAUGAAGAAGAUGCGCGCCGCUCGUUUCAAACCCAACCGAGCCGUCAAUGGAUUUCAACUUUUUUUCAGCGUUUACUUGUUAUUAAAAUACAAUGUAAUAGAAAGAAUUAUGUGCAAAUUGAACUUUCUUGCACUUGUAAUAACAUUAUAGGUUUGUCAGGAGAGUUCACCCAGAGGAAAAUAAGUUCACAACAAGUUCGGGACAAGAGAGGUGCAAAGACUUGUUCAACUGCUUUGUGAAAACGAACGACAUCGUAAAACUUGGACAGAAGAUUGCUAUUACUUACCGACCUCGUGAAGCAAAUGAAACGGAAAUGAGAUAUUCAUUCUACACUGCUGAUAUGCAAGAGGUCCUGCUGGUGACAGAGCCUGGCGUCAAGAAGAUCGGGGACCUUGUUCUUCAAUCUCCUGACACCUUGAAAGGACUGGAUCGAGACAUUGAAGUCAGCUUACACUUUAUAGGAACAGAUGUGGUAGCUUCAGCGUGGGAUGUUGAGAGCGGUAACGUGGUUCAAACCACCUUGGAUGUCUUCCUACCACGUGUGAGCAUGGUCUAA